CUCCUCCUUCCGCCUCUGCUUCUUUCACUUAUCUCCGUUUUAAAACAACAGGAAGACAAAACAAACAAACCCAUGUCAAAAUUUGUAACUGUCAAAGUGUCAGAAACAGAAAUACAAAUAAAACCCCUUCAGUUUAAGUUGAGUUCGGUUUGAGGAAGUUAUAAUUAUUCUCUAAAGUUGAUGAUUUUGUUUCCAUUAUACGAAGAAAUCUAAGUUUUCUGGAAACUAAAGAUGUAUACUUUAAUGGAGGUUUCGAUAAUGCAUCAUGUGGGCAUUGUCUUCUUGUUUCUUUGGUUGCUUUCUUCGUUCAAUCGAUGCGGUCCUAUAGUUUUUUUUAUUUCUUUAAUUUAUCUUUACUUGGUUCAUGAGCAAUAUGUUGAGAGAUUGAGGAGAAAAUUACAGUUUGAGGAGAGGAAGCAAUCUUAUCAGAGAAGGGUGCUUUCGGAUUCUGAAACGGUGAGAUGGCUGAAUCAUGCUGUUGCAAAUAUAUGGCCUAUAUGCUUGGAACAGAUUGCUUCGCAGAAGAUUUUGCUCCCAAUUAUACCUUGGUUUCUGGAUAAGUACAAACCCUGGACCGCCAAGGAAGCUGUGGUUCAGCACCUAUACCUGGGCAGAAACCCACCUAUGUUUACAGAAAUGAGGGUUCUUCGCCAUUCUAAUGAUGAUGACCACUUGGUAUUAGAGUUGGGUAUGAACUUUCUCACAGCAGAUGAUAUGAGCGCAAUAAUUGCUGUGAAAUUGAGAAAAAGACUAGGAUUUGGAAUGUGGGCAAAGUUGCAUGUGACAGGCAUGCACGUUGAAGGGAAGGUUUUGAUUGGGGUGAAGUUUCUUCGUCAGUGGCCUUUCCUUGGCCGUUUGAGGUUAUGCUUUUCUGAGCCUCCAUAUUUUCAGAUGACUGUAAAACCUAUCUUCACUCACGGGCUUGAUGUUACAGAGCUUCCAGGAAUUGCUGGAUGGCUAGACAAGCUUCUAUCCGUCGCAUUUGAGCAGACACUUGUUGAGCCCAAUAUGCUGGUUGUAGAUAUGGAGAAGUUUACCUCACCACAGCCAGAUAAUUGGUUCUCUGUUGAUGUGAAGGAACCUGUUGCACAUGCAAUUAUUGAAGUUGUUGAAGCAUCUGACAUGAAACCAUCAGAUUUAAAUGGUUUGGCUGAUCCCUAUGUGAAGGGGCAACUUGGACAGUACAGAUUCAGGACUAAGACACAAAAGAAAACUUUGACUCCAAAAUGGCAAGAGGAAUUUAAGGUCCCCAUAUGUUCAUGGGAUUCACCUAAUGUGCUAUCUAUUGAAGUUCGUGACAAAGACCAUUUUGUGGAUGAUACCCUUGGUGACUGUACCAUAAAUAUCAGUGAUCUUAGGGAUGGUCAGAGACACGACAUGUGGAUACCUCUUAAGAACAUUAAAAUGGGCAGGCUGCAUCUCGCAAUAACAGUAACUGAAGAGAGUGCAAAGCAGGGGGAGAAUCCUGGGCAACAUCCUUGGGAUGAGGAAACAUUAAACAAGGAAGGAGUUCAAGAUGAAGAGGAGCUAAGAAGCAAGGAAGACAUACAGAACUCCUUUGCCAAUGAGACUCGUGGAGGUUCCUUUUCAUCUGUAACGUCAGAUAAGUCACCAAAGAUGGCUGAUAAUUUUGAACCUAUAAACAUUGAGGGGCAAGAGGAGUGUGGGAUAUGGGUUCAUCACCCAGGAAGUGAAGUAGCACAGACUUGGGAGCCUAGAAAAGGGAAGAGCAGGCGCAUUGAUACCCAGAUCGAGAGAGUGCAUAAUGAUUCCUCUCACAGCAACAAUUCAGCAGCAUUUGGAUCCUUGAACAAUGACAGCAGCAGUACUGAUGAAAUUUCUGAGGGUAAAAAUCCUAUAAAUUCAGUUCGGCGGGGCUUACGAAAGAUUGGUUCUAUGUUUCAAAGGAGUCCUAAAAGGGGGGAUUAUUCAGGCAGCAUUUCAGAGCCUGUUACAUCUCCACAUGCUAACCUUAAAGCAGCCAAUUCUAGGGAUGUUGGUGUGAAGUUCAUUGUAGAAGACCUUCCAGGGCCCAUUUCUGGUAGCGUUCUGAAAGAAGUAUGUAUUAAUUCAGAUGGAAGUAAUCCAGAAAGCCCUGAAAAGACAAGUAAUCAAGAAAGCCCUGAAAGGAAGCAUAUGAAAGUUACGGCAAAGAGCAUUCUGAAACAGGCAGAGAAGCGAGCACGCAACAUAAAGCAUGUACUUUCCCGAAAAGGGUCUAGAAAAUCUCCAGGUGAUUCAACUACAGGGACUGAACGAGAAAUUUAUCCGGAAUCUGACUCUUCUCAUGAUGAUUCUUUUCAAUCACCCUCCAUAGUUGAAAAAAUACCUGAGUGGGGAAACGAUGAUGAGUCUUGUAAUACCAAGGAGCGUAUUGUUCAGACUGGUUCAAGUGAUCCUGAGAUGGAUGCUGAGGACCAAAGGGAGAAAAUGAGUGUUGAGGCUGAUGAGAAGAAAUGGGAUAACGAGAUAAGCAAAUUGGAUGGGAGUGGUAAUGAACUCAUCGUGUCUGUAACUCCAAAGCUUUCUGAGGAGGAUAUGAAACACACAGAAAAUAAAAAAUCUCGCUCAGCUGAAAAUAUUAUCUCAUAGUUGUUAGUGUUGUCAAAUGCCGAGUAAAUAACAGGGUGAACAUUAAAAUUUUGCUCUAUUCUGUUCAUUUGUUGAUUUUCUUACUCUGUAUAGCAUCCAAAUAGGAUGGUCGGUACUAGCUUUGGAAAGUCCUGCUGCAGCUUCAGGUGUAAUGUGUUCUUGUGGGUAUGCUUGUAUUUCAUGUCAGCAUUUCUGUAUAGCAGUUUACAGAAUACAAUUACAGGACGAAUUUUGGACUAA